AUUAUGCUGAACGUAGGUGGGGAAAUCUUCACCACAACCCGGCUGACGUUGACGAACCGCGAACCGUAUAGUAUGAUCGCACGAAUGUUCUCCCAGGACCAGUUGAAACCAUCGGAUCAAGAUGCACAGGGUGCGUAUCUGAUCGACCGGAGCGGGUACUACUUCCGUCCGAUAUUGGACUAUCUGCGGCACGGCCGUGUUGUGUGCGACAAGCAAGUGAAUCUGCAGGGCGUCCUGGAGGAGGCCAGAUACUACGGGCUGGAGCAGAUGGUGCAGCAGAUCCAGGAAAUCCAGCAGCAGGACGUGCCGCUGACGCGACUUGACUUUAUCCGCACGCUCACAUCGUCUUCGCACACGACGGAGCUGCGCUUUCAGGGCAUCAAUUUGUCCGGCAUAAACCUCUCGAAGCUGGAUCUGCGUAACAUCAACUUUAAGUUUGCGUGCCUGUCGAAUUGCAAUUUGUCAUACGCCAACCUGGUUGGCUGCUGUCUCGAACGAGCGGAACUGCGUUCCGCUAAUCUGGAAGGUGCCAAACUGGACUCUGUAAUGGCGGCCUGUGCCGAUUUGCAGGGUGCAAAGCUGAAAGGUUGCGAUCUGACGCGUUGCAGUCUGGAGAGCGCUAAUUUGAAGGGUGCCACACUGGAGAGUAGUGUGAUGGAGGGCGUGAGCCUGCGCGUGGCCAAUCUGAAAUCUGCCAACAUGCGCAACUGUACGCUGAACGAUGCGGACAUGGCCGGGGCCAACCUGGAGUCGUGUGAUCUAACCGGUUGCAACCUGAAGGGGGCAAACUUGCGCGGUGCCAAUCUAAAGGGUGCACAGUUGGAGAAGUUGGUAACGCCAGUGCAUAUGUCACAGAUCGAUAUCUAA